UGUGCGGUGGCGGUGGGGUGAGUUCCCCACUUCUGUGAGCCCCUCCCCCUCCAGAUGUGAGAUGCUGCCCCGGGUGGCGGUCCCCAGCAGCCCUACUCCCAGCAAAGCCAGCUCAGGGGCAGGAGAGGCAACAGAAAACCUGGGGAGAGAGGGUCCCGCCACGGAAGCCCCGGGUAAACGUGUGGGUGCGUGGGAUUCACCUCCUGGCUGUGUGCUCUUCUGCGGGACCCGGGGCGGACACAGCCUCUCCAGGCCUCGGUUUCCCCUUCUGUGGACUGCGUGGUCCUGGCCCUGUCGUGAGGCUAAAACGGGGUGCAUCUGCGGUAUCGCUGAGGAAGCUGGUGGUGCUCCUGUGUGUGCGGCCGCUGGACGCACACUUAUUAAGCACCUACUGUGUGCCAGGCGGGUUUGGAGCAGUUGGGGAGCCGGUGACGGAACAGCGGGUCCUGCAGGGAGUAGCUCAUGGGGGCGGGGAAGUCAUCCAGCCUGGGUGUCACAGGGGAACAGGUUUCCCCCGCUCUGGGACCCCACCCGCAAUGAGGGACCGCGGGCUCGCAGCAGGCAGCAGCCGCAGCGCCCUCCGGGAGUCCGGGUGGGAAGCGACCGUUGGGAUGCCCCUCCCCGUCCCGGCCUCACCCUCACCCUCACCCUGGGGGUACCUUGAACAUAACAGGAAAUUUCAAAUAACAGGAAACCAAGACCGGGCAAGGCGAGCGGCUCCACCCUGCCUGGGGCGAACCACCCCGGGCCUCAGUCUGCCCCCGGGGACCGCGAUGAACGCCACGGGGGCCCCGACCGAGGCCCCCGAGUCCUGCCAGCUGCUGGCGGCCAUCGGGCACAGCCGGCUCAUCGUCUUGCAUUACAACCACUCUGGCCGGCUGGCGGGGCGGGGCGGGCCCGAGGAGGGCGGCCUGGGGGUGCUGCGCGGGCUCUUCGUGGCCGUGAGCUGCCUGGUGGUGCUGGAGAACCUGCUGGUGCUGGUGGCCAUCGCCAGCCGCAUGCGCUCCCGCCGCUGGGUCUAUUACUGCCUGGUGAAUAUCACGCUCAGCGACCUGCUCACGGGCGCCGCGUACCUGGCCAACGUGCUGCUGUCCGGGGCGCACACCUUCCGCCUGGCACCGGCCCAGUGGUUCCUGCGCGAGGGCCUGCUCUUCAUGGCGCUGGCCGCCUCCACCUUCAGCUUGCUCUUCACGGCGGGCGAGCGCUUCGCCACCAUGGUGCGGCCGGUGGCUGAGAACGGGGCCACCAAGAGGGGCCGCGUGUGCAGCUUCAUCGGACUCUGCUGGCUGCUGGCAGCCCUGCUGGGCCUGCUGCCUCUGCUGGGAUGGAACUGCGUCUGCGCCUUCCAGCGCUGCUCCAGCCUGCUCCCGCUCUACUCCAAGGGCUACAUCCUCUUCUGCGUGGUGGUCUUCGCCUGCAUCCUGGCCACCAUCAUGGUGCUCUACGGGGCCAUCUUCCGAGUGGUGCGCUCCAACGGGCAGAAGGCCCCGUGCACCCCGGCCCGCCGCAAGGCUCAGCGGCUGCUCAAGACGGUGCUUAUGAUCCUGGUGGCUUUCGUGGUGUGCUGGGGCCCGCUCUUCGGCCUGCUGCUGGCCGACAUCUUUGGCUCCAACGUCUGGGCUCAGGAGUACCUGCGGGGCAUGGACUGGAUCCUGGCGCUGGCCGUGCUCAACUCCGCGGUCAACCCGGUCAUCUACUCCUUCCGCAGCCGGGAGGUGUGCCGGGCCGUGCUGGGCUUCCUCUGCUGUGCGUGUCUCCGGUUGGGACUGCGAGGGCCUGGGGACUGCCUGGCCCGGGCUGCCGAGGCCCAAUCCGUCGCCUCCACCACCGACAGCUCGCUGAGGCCGAGGGACAGCUUUCGGGGCUCCCGCUCGCACAGCUUCCGGAUGCGGGAGCCCCUGUCCAGUAUCUCCAGCGUACGGAGCAUCUGAGCCCACGGUUGGGGCAGUGGUCGAGCUGCCGGGUGCACGCCCGGGCGCGCAGGGAUGCAGCAGCAGGCAGGCUGGAUGCAGAGGAAGGAAGAGGGCAGCCGGGGGCAUGCGUCCCAGGGCCCUGCAGUCCUCCCCGAAGCCUCCUGAGGCUGCUGACGCCGAGUGGAUUUCCCACGGUCUCCGUGGGGCAGGAGGCAACAGGAGGAACAGAGAGCGCGCUGGAAUAGGGAUGAAUGGGUUUGCUGUGUACGCAGUCCCUGUCCUGUGAGAUUCUGAGGAAAUCCCAGCCCCACAGUGGGCCUCAGUGGGGCUCCCAGGCUGCCAGGGCUAGGCUGGGUAGGGGGGUGUCUAUGCCCCGGCAACGCGAGAGUUCAAUGAUGGGAUGAGAUGCUGCAGCCCCUUAUUCACAUGUGGCAUCAGGGUGAUGGGAUGAGGGCUGUGGGUCUGCUGGAGCUGUGCCUGCAGCCCAGGGAGGGCCACGACACCCGCCCCUUCCUGUUCACUUCCCCUUUCCCUGCCCUAUCUCUCAUCUUGGGUCCUGGGUGGCCUCCUUCCCCCACCUCUGGCCUCUGCAUCUCUUGGAACUCAGUCUGGAGACCAGCAGAGGGGGAGCCGACUGGCCCUCCUGACCUCGGGGAAAUCUCACCCACUUCUCCCUUUGGCACUACCUGCCUCUUCCUUCCCCAUCUGUGAAAUGGGCCUAUAGCAGACGGAACCCACCGCGGGAGGCGGUCGGUACUGGCUCAGUGUUUUUGCCAUGGCGCGUGGCAUCAGUGUGUUGACAAAACAUUCAGCGACGGUGGAAAUGUUCUACAUCUGUGCUGCCAGUGUGGGACCCUCACGUGGCUACUGAGCCCUCGAUAAGUGGCCUGUGCGACUGAAGACUGAACUUGGAAUUCCUUUGCAUUUAGACAGUUCAUAGGACUUGCGGCAAUGGUAUGGGACAGCGCCGCAGGGGUCCAUCCUCCGGAUGUAGCCACCUUUGGCUGGUAGAAAGUGCUCUCUUUCCAUCUUCCUAGCCAAGAAAGUGUCCGCAGGUCUUUCUGCCUCCGUCUUGCCAAGUUCUUGGGUCAGCAUCCCGUCUGCCACUCUGGAUGGGAUAGCUCCGUUCUGAGCCUCCAUUUCUCCCCUGCAGGAUGGGGGAUGCGGCGAUGGGAAACUGUUUACUGCGCUGUUUCAAUAAAGCAGCCAUUAGCCACACGUGGGUACGUAAAAUUAAUUAAAAUGAAUUUUUAAAAUUCA